AUUGCAGUAAAUGUAAUAAGUAAUGAGAGCAUCCAGAAGUGUGUUGAAGAGGUGGGACAGCUGGUGCAAGAGGAAGGUCUAAACUGCCUCAUAAACAAUGCAGCUAUAAACGUGGAGGGUGACAUUCACACUGUUUCUGCUGAGAUGAUGAUUAAGAACUACCACACCAAUGCUGUGGCUCCUCUGAUGAUGACUAAGGCCUUUCUUCCUCUGCUAAAGAACGCUGCUUCCAGAGAAGCAAGUGGUACCAUAAGCAUGGGCAUCCAGAGGGCUGCUGUCAUUAACAUGUCUUCUAAGCGGGGCUCUAUACAGCUUAACAAGGGGGAGUACGCCAACGACUCUAAAUUGUACCCCUACAUCGUCUCCAAGAUUGUCUGGUUAUGA